AGCUAUGGGCAUCCUUUUGCUCAGCAACGCUCUGACUGUCGGGCGCCCUGCGCGUUCGCGUUUUGCGCGUCCACUGCCUGGCUUACAAUUACCAUGUAAACAUGCCAUAUUGUGGCUGCAAUUUAUUGUGCAACGUGAAGCCUCGCGCGCGCGCUAAGGCUUCAGGCCUGGCACGCAUCUUCCUGCUGCGCUCGUGUUUGCCAGAGUUUCGCGAGACUUGCAAUAUAGAUUAGCACUGAUCAUUUUUCUGCGCUGUAAAAGCACAUUUAACGUGCGGAGAGCGCUUGAAUCUCACACGCUUUCGGGCACCCGCUGCGCUCGUGUUUUGCCGGAAUUGCGGGAGCCUUUGCGCCCGUUUUUACAGUAUUUUACCGUUCUGCGCCGAGGGCGUGCGCGAAACCCGCGUGUACGCUAAAAGCUGCAGAAAGUCUCGCCGCGACAGAGUCUCGCCCGCGCGACAGAGUCUCGCCGCCCGGCCGCCCGAGGGGUGCCCUAGGGGGUGUGUCUGUCCAGUGGUGUAGUCCUCCGCUCUGCUCUACGCUACGCUAGACGGGGCCGGGCACGCGCAACACUGUCUCCGCAGCCGCCGCAGCCAUGUACAGCAGCACCAGCCCCACCGGCCUGUUCCGCGUGCAGCCUGUCUGUACGGCGUCGCAGCAACAGCUUCUGGCGGCCAUUGACCGCAAGGUUCCGGCGGAUCUGCAGGCCGCCGCAGAGGGGUCCGGUGACGGCGCCCUCAGUGAUGCGGAGCUGAUGGCAGCGCUGGCUGGCUCCGCCAAUGGUAAAGCGCCUGGGUCGGACGGGGUCCCGUACGAGGUGUACAAGGUUUUCUGGGCGCUGCUGGGUCCGCGCUUGUGUGCUGCUGCUGCCGCUGCCUUUGCUGCCGCUGCAGAUGCCCACGAUGGCGGUGAAAUGGCGGCGGCGCUGCCUGCCUCCUGGCGGGAGGGCAUCAUCACCCUCAUCUACAAGGGCAAAAGCCUGGACCGCACCGAGCUGGCGUCCUACCGGCCCAUCACGCUGCUCAACUGCGACUUCAAGAUGCACUCGGGGAAAGCCGCUCAUCCGAAUCUGGUCCGAAGUUGGUCCGAAGAUCUGUCCGAAACCUGAUCCGAAGCCUGGUCCGAAAGACCAUCCGAAGCUGGUCCGAGUUCCUGUCCGAAAGACCCCACCCCUGUCCGAAGUUUUUGUCUCCGAAGCUGGUCCGAAGUCGGUCCGAAUCUGGUCCG